UUGGACUUGCGUUUUGUUUUUAUUGCGCACUCGAAAUAGUUUCGGUUUCAUUUUGUAUACACGAAAAAGAGGCGUCGAUAUGGCAAUUUUGCAGCGCAACUUGAGCGCAGUUAGUUUAGUCGUCAACGGCACCAUAUCGAGUGCAAAAUAAUUCACAUCGAGUGGCUUUCGACAACACAAUAAUAAUUGACCUCGUGUACCCAUAGUCACAAAACAAAACAAACAAACAAUGUCGUUUCUGGUCGAGUACACGGAUCCCCAUUGGCGGGAUCUGGAUAUGCGUGAAUUGAGCGUCGAUCAAGCGUAUUUGUAUCUGGAAUCACAGUACGCCGAGCAUAGUUAUCUCUAUACGCUAUCGGACAACUGCUAUACGUGUCCCUAUACCAAAGUGAAGUCUCUGCCGCCUGAUACUGGGGCGUUAGUGGAAACGGUUAGCUCAGACUACGCGUUGAGCUUUAAAAUUUAUGCACACGAUCAGGGUCACUAUGCCUACGAUAAUGUUUCAGCUUUGUGCGCGUUGCGUCGCAGCGAUCUUCAAGAAUUUGGCGUCUACAAUCUCACACUGCUCUCAAACGGCAGCUGCAACUUUGCUGUGGACAAACCGGGUGUACCCAUCAAUUAUGCAUUCCUUUCUGUAUUCGUUCUGGUGGCCGCAUUCCUCAUUCUGCUGAAGCUUCUCAGCUGUGCCUGGCAUCGUUAUCGCUAUGACGAAGCUGCCGCCGUUGCUGAUAGCAUUGGCGAUGCUGCCGCUAAGGCGACGCAGCGCAAAAGGCUGCGCAGUCUGGACACGUUUCGCGGUUUGUCCAUUGUGUUGAUGAUAUUCGUGAACAGCGGCGGCGGCGGUUAUCAAUGGAUCGAGCAUGCCGCCUGGAAUGGUCUCCAUUUGGCCGACAUCGUCUUCCCCAGCUUCUUGUGGAUCAUGGGCGUCUGCAUUCCGCUCUCGAUCAAGGCUCAACUGUCGCGUGGCAUCAGCAAAUCUCAGAUUUGCCUCCGCAUCGUGUGGCGUGCCUGCAAACUGUUUGCAAUCGGUCUCUGCCUCAAUUCGGCGAGUGGCCCGCAACUGGAGCAACUGCGUCUGAUGGGCGUCCUGCAGCGUUUCGGCAUCGCUUAUCUCAUUGCCGGCGUGUUGCACACGCUCUGCAGUCGACGCGAUCAGCUGAGUCCACAGCGUGCCUGGCAACGUGCCAUCUACGACAUCUGCCUCUUCAGCGGCGAGUUGGCUGUGCUCCUCGCCCUCAUUGCCACCUAUUUGGGCUUGACCUUUGGCCUCCCCGUGCCGGGUUGUCCGCUGGGCUACCUCGGUCCCGGGGGCAAGUCACAGAAUGCCGCCAAUCCCAAGUGCAUUGGCGGUGCUGCUGGCUAUGUGGAUGAGCUUGUGCUUGGCCAGGCGCACAUCUAUCAGCAUCCGACGGCCAAGUAUGUCUACGAUGCCACAGCCUUCGAUCCCGAGGGCAUCUUUGGCUGCGUCUUGAGCGUGGUGCAAACUUUGCUGGGCGCCUUCGCAGGCGUCACUCUGCUGGUGCAUCCCACUUGGCAGUCGCGUCUCAAGCGCUGGCUGCUUGGGGCUUUGCUGUUGGGAUUGCUGGGCGGUGCCUUGUGUGGAUUUUCGAGGGAGAACGGAAUCAUUCCGGUGAACAAGAAUCUGUGGUCGCUGUCGUUUGUCUUUGUCACAGUCGCGUUGGCUUUGCUGCUGCUCUCGCUGCUCUACUAUGUGAUCGAUGUGCGUCAAUGGUGGUCCGGUUAUCCAUUCACCGAGUGCGGCAUGAAUGCGAUCAUCAUGUAUGUGGGACACACAGUGAUGCAUCGAAUGUUGCCCUGGCAUUGGCGCAUUGGGGCGAUGAACACGCAUUUUCUGCUGCUGCUCGAGAGCGUGUGGAACACUCUCGUCUGGGUGGGCAUCGCUCUCUAUCUGGACAGUCGACAGUUCUACUACAGUCUCUAAUUCUAAUUCUCAAUGUACCAUUCUAUCAUCGAUUAAACGUGGAGCGUGUUAGCUCAAUCUAGACAAGAAGA